AUAUCGGAAGUCCAGUAAAAGAAAAAAACGCCGUAACUAAUCAAUUUUGGAAACGUGAGCGUAUUUUUUUUUUAAAUUUGAAACGUCCAAAAUCGCACAUUAAGGUUUUACCGCCCUGCUCGCAGCUUUCCUUUCCUCUCUCCUGCGAUCGAAAUUCAUCACUGCGGUUAAAGCUCGUAGCCUUCACCAAGAAGAAACCUGAAGAUGAGUAGAUUUCUGCAGCUGACAUGGACACGGCUCUGUAACCUCAUUCUGGCAAUAAACAAAAACACAACCAUUCCUAGGCGUGUUGAGAAUUCUUUGCGGGAUAGAGCGAAAGCAGUGGCCAACCGAGUGUCGAUAACAAGGGAUGGGGAUGGAGGAGGGUGCAUGAAGGCAUGCUGUCCUGUUUGUUUAACACCUAUCUCCAUGGACAAAACCCUAGAAGCUUCUGAUCUGAGAAUGUCACUGGCCAUACACUUGAGUUUAUAUCAUCCGGAUGAUAUAAACUUGAUGUGGGAGAUGAUGAUGGUGCAGAACAAAGGGAAAUCCUCUGUGCACGUGCCUUCGUUUCUCCUCGGAGUUGGAAUGAGUGCCGGGAUCGGUGCCCUCACUCUCUUGGCCAAAACUUGGGCCAGGCCAACUGCUAACAAAAGAUGCAUUGGAGGUGUUCUUGGAUGGAUAGAGCAGAAGCAGUGGCAAAAACGGCGUGGCAAAUAGAAGUUACAGAUGAAAGGAUGGUGAUGUUAAUGGCUUGUUGUCAUUUUUGUACACUCCCCCACUGGUUCAUGAGCUUAGAAUGUUGCUCUCUGCACACAAAGCCUGAGAAAAACUUGCUGGGAUUUUGUGCUAUCUUUCUUCAUGUUUUGAGUUGCAGUAAAUGUUGUAGUUCAAG